CAAACCUAACAUCUCACUUCUUGUACAAAUUAAUUUUUAUCAUCAAAAGAGCUUUACACCCUUCCGAGUCUAAUUCCGGACCUCAUCCUAUCAAAAUCAAAAUAAGCACUCUAUUGUCCCUGCCCUCUUGUCUUCCAGCUGAUUGCGCGUCUUCCUGUUAGUCCAUCAUCUCUCUAUCUCAGUAUCUCUGAGGCUGAAAGGAAGCCAAAGCUUGUUCAGCACUCUCAAUUCUUACUUAAAAGUUCACGCCGAUGACACGUGGUUUGGUCUCCGUCCCAGUAAUAUCCCUUCUCAGCUUGCUCGAAACCAUCGCUGAUGGUUGUCAGGUCAAAAUUAGUGAAAUCGAUGAUUACAUAAUUAUUUUUUUGGGUUUUAGGGUCUAGGCUUAUGAGUAACGAAUGUGCAAUUUUUCCGGCAGUGCCAUGAGAGGGAAGAAUUUUGUUCAUAAUCAUAGUCUUAUUCGGGUUUUGAAAUUGGAUGAUUGUGCGGUUUGGAUUAUUCAGUGGGACCACUAAGCGAAGGUGGAACUGGGUACAGGAGUUGGGAUACUUUUCCCGAGGCACAUUGAAUCUAGGCUAUAUUUACUACCGGCUGGGUCAACAUUCACAGUAUGAACGACUGAAGAAAUUAUCCAGUGGCCCUCAUUUUAUAACCACUACAGACUUUCGGUCUUUCAGCGAGGGUAUAUGUGAUGUGAUGAUUGAGACGCACAAUCAGGGAAGAGAAGGAAGCAUCAAUUUGCCUCUGCGAAGUCAAGUUUGUCGUAGAAGCUAGUUAAAUCUCACUGGGGAAGGAGCCUUUCAGAAGGUACUAAAAGAUUGUCGUGGAAUACUUGAUCGACAUCAAUUGAUGUUAGAGGUUUGUGAACUGAAUUCAGUAUCCAAAGACGAUUGCAUAAAUGUAGGAAAGGCAGAACCUGGCAAUUGUUUUCUUGGUGGGUUGUCUAAUUGGCUAAUAGCAUAUUCUACUUAUCUGGUGAGAUUUAUCAACUCUAAAAGGGUCAAGCUUCCAGAUGAGAAUUUGAGACAUAGUGUGGUUGAGAAGAAGAAAUAUUUUGCUGAGUUUACCAUGGAAGUUGAGAAAACUGAUGCUGAAGUACAGGCCGAGGGCGUCUGCAAUCAGCAACUUCAGAAUUUAACUCUUAUGCCGGACAAGGUAUAUGCAAUAUAUUUUGCUGCAGCAACGAGGAACAACGGAGCAUAAAUAAUUUGAUACAGUCUGAUAACACAUCCAGUUUGUUGGGUUGUACUUUUGUUUUGUAUAUAUUCUUUCGCCAUUCAUACAACACUUAUUUUAUCGAGGACGCUUGUAUAUAUUGAGAACGAUAUGAGUUUCAUACGAGGCCCGUGCCUUGCACGGGCACUAAUGCUAGUUUAUUUUAUAAUAUACCUAUAAGGUACAACAGUGCAUAUAGCACACCCAUGACCAUGCUCUAAUAAAAUGUCAUAUUAAAAUUAUUUUUUUCAAGAUGUCUAUCAAAUAGUAUUAGUCUGCGUGUUACUUGAAAUUGUAGUUUAACCUAAUACAAUAAUUCUUUAUUGUUGCAAUUAUAAUAUUGAAGUCCAUCAAUUUUUUAGCUAGUAUCUGUUUGGGAGUGCGGUUAAAAAUUACUGUGCUGUUAGAAAAAGUGCUGAUAAAUAAGUGCUGUUGUAGAAAUCAGAUAACUAUUUUGUAAUUGUUUUGAUAUGUGCUUAUUUUGAGUUAUAAUAUAAAAUAUAAUUGUUUUUGGUGAGGUUUGAUAGUGAAAUCUGUAACAGCUUCCUGUAAAAGCUGAAAAACAGCUUUUUCCAAAAGCAUGGGGGACCUGCGUUUUUUAAAAGCAGCUUUUCAGCUAAAAGCUGAUGUUUGGAUAAGCUGUUUUUAAAUUUACCAAACAGUUUUUCACCUAUUUGUCAGCAAUUUUUUUUAAAGGGAGUCCUCAAAAAGAUCAUAUAAUUUUUUAAAGGGAGUCCUCAAAAAGAUCAUAAAAAUUACUUAAAAAUUUUUGGUAGAGUAUAAUAAUUGUUAAUUAACUAACCCAUCUAAAACUUGAAGGUGUUAAAGGGAGUCCUCAAAAAGAUCAUAUAUUAUUCAACGAUAAUAAUGAUAUACAAUAGAUUCCAUAACAUUCCCACCUGAAUCAUAAAAUUUUCUAGAUAAAUUUUAAAAUUAUAAAUUCUUUGUUAUUAUCUAAUAUAAUAGCAAUUUAUGAUUUUUUUAUUUUAUCAAAAUGUCAAAUAUCAAUGAAUAUUAAUUUUAUAUUUUUAUUUUUGAUUUUCUUCACUGCCCUUUAUAUAGUCCAGAAAACCCUCCGCCGCAGUCCCCUCUCUGUGACUCUGCAAAAAAUAAGGGCAGGGUGAAUUCUAUAUUACUUUUGAGUCACCGAAAGUCACCUAAGUCUUGUCUAUAGGAAGCGGAACUUUAUUUGCAACCUGGUUCUGCAUGUUAAAUUUUUGUAAUACUGAAUGAAGGUGACCUGUGAUAUCUUAUCCUUUCAAGUUUUAUUUUUUAAUCGUCAAUAUUGACUGCCGAGAACCUUGAAAGUACAGUAACGAAUUUUUUGUUCUUGAUUCAAUGAGUGACGGGGAAGAGGGUACACUUAUGAGGCAUUCUAAGCCGGCUUCUUUAGUUCAGGAAGUGUCAAAAGUAACAGCUCCAGGUCCUGAUCGGCUAAGCUCUGUGCAGUAUCACGCUCCAUUCCCAUCAGGAGGAAUCUUGGCUCAUCCUACUAUGCCCUCGGAAUCUGCUGCUGGCAAGGACAGAAAUGUUCACCAGAUGCUUGAAGAAGGUCCAGGGGACACCAUUUCUGCGGCUGGAUCAAAUCGAUCAGAUUCUGUUGCUCCGGGAGUUGUGGCUGUGCAGGUGAAGCCUGAUCAAAGGUAUGAAUAUGAAGAGUUACAGCACAGGGUCCAUGCUCUAAACAAUGAAAACCGCUUCCUGAAAGAAGAGCUGCAGAAAGUAUCUGAGGAAUGCAACAAGGUUACAUCCGAAAAUGACUCCAUUAAGCAGGCGCAAUUGUUGAAAAUUUGCGGGCAGAAGAAUUAUCCUUGUUCGAAUUAGCUCUGCAAGAACUUGUAGGUAAGAGGGGACUCUGAUGGAUAAAGAGGGGAGUGUGUUUGCGGCUUUACUGGAGGAAGAUAGUCUGGCAUAUUCUGACAGUUUCAUCUGUGGUAGUGGGUUACUUGACAAUACACAAGUCUGUUAUUUCAUGCACUUAGUUUUGCCCGAUGAUUACCAGAAGAUCUGAAACAUUAAACUUUUAGGGGCAAACUGCAUCAUCUUUGAAAAUGAAUAAUGGGGAGGAUACUUGGAGUUUGAAGGUUGCUCCUACAGAUGGAGAGAAAGAUAAUUCCAUGCACAAUGGCAAUAGCUUGGGUUCAUCCAGUCUUACUGUUGGAAGUGUUGUGGGAAGUAGCUUCUCUGGAACUAAUUUCAGUGAAAGUAGCAGGAGUUGUAGCAGUGGUACAUCUUAUUCAAAAAACAUCAGUGAAGUUAAGGAUGGUGGUUGCGUGGAUGAUUGGGAGGUUUUAGCUGAUGAAUUGGCAGCUAUUGAUGACAAGGAGGAUCGGAGUGCCCAGAAAUCUGAGUCAUUGAUGGAGAAUAGAAGUGCUGUCAAAUUGGAUCAUCUGCCUAAGGUUGAGAAACAACCAAUUUCAACAAUGGACGUUAUAAAGCCAAGGAAAUAGAAGUGUGAUGAAAGUUUUCAAUCAUUGGUGGAGAAUAAAAAUGUUUCCCAAGUACUAAACCAUCGGCCUGAGGUGGUGAAACAACCAAAUACUAUCGUGGAUGUUUUGAAGCCAAAACCAGAAAAUGGCCAGGCAGGGAGGUGUGCUUAUGAUUAUCAAUAAAAUCCAAAGCCAAAAUUUUCAAAAUUUUCUAUCGUGGAUGUUUUGAUUGAUAAUCAUAAGCACACCUCCCUGCCUGACCAUUUUCUGGCUUUGGCUUCAAAACAUCCACGAUAGCAUUUGGUUGUUUCACCUCCUCGGGCCGAUGGUUUAGUACUUGAGAAACAUUGUUAUUCUCCACCAAUGAUUGAAAUCUUUCACCACGCUUCUUUUUCUUUGGCUUCAUAACGUCCAUUGUUGAAAUUGGUUGUUUCACCAACUCAGGCAGAUGAUCCAAUUUGACAACACUUCUAUUCUCCAACAAUGACUCAGAUUUCUGGGCACUCUGAUCCUCCUUACAUCAGUAGCUGCCAAUUCAUCAGCUAAAACCUCCCAAUCAUCCACACAACCACCAUCCUCAACUUCACUGAUGUUUCUUGAAUAAGAUGUACUACUGCUACAACUCCUGCUACUUUCACUGAAAUUAGUUCCAGAGCAACUACUUUCCACAGCACUUCCAACAGUAAGACUGGAUGAACCUAAGCUAUUGCCAUUGUGCAUGGAACCAUCUUUCUCUCCAUCUGUAGGAGCAACCUUCAAACUCCUAGUCCAUGAACAGAGCAAUAUUUAAGCAGUGCUUGUUGAGCCUUUUUUUUACUUCCUUCCUUCUUCCCUAUCUUAUCUUGUUCCAUUUGCUUAGUUUAACUUCUUAUAUAUGUUCAUUGUUACCUUUUUAAUAUGCAUGUGGCAUUUAUCUAUUAUACAAUCCAUAUGGUAUAUUGUCGGCAUUAGACUAAAGUUUAAUAACGGUUAUGAAAGCAAAACAUUUUCAUCAAGAGUCAGAAUUAGAAGUGUUGCACAUCAUGAUCUUACACAAAA